AGAAGCACGUCAGAAGAAUAGAAUCCUCUCUGGAGCUCAGCAGAAACGGUGGGGCUUCAGCUGCAGACCUGUUGAUGUUGGACGGUUCCACUCGGACGGCUGCUGAGUCCAUAUCCGCCUCUGUCGUCACCUUCCCCCGCCUGAUUUCAGCUCCGCUCUCACCUGUUGACACCGACUAGCCGCUCACACCGACCCGACACCUCUAGUUCCUCUUCCGGCGAGGAAUCAGCCCAAACCCGGCGGGAUUUGGAGCCGGAGCAAAGGCGACAGAGCUGGGGAAGUCUUUGGUGCGUCUGCUUCGUAAACAGUUUCUGUAGAAGUUUCGCAGCAGCGACGCUUUUGUCUGUUAUAUGAACGCACAGAACCGCUUCUGCGUCCAUGGGAGCGCGUUUUCCAGCCUUCAGAAAUGCCCCAGCAUAACAUGGAAAACUCCAGGAGCCAGUGGCAGCAGGGUCCGCGUCCGCCGUGGAUCAGCAGGGUGGCUGGAGGUCAGAGUCCCUCCUCCUCGGGGGCGGAGUCAGACACGGAGAGCAGCAGCACGGAGGGCGAGAAGUCCUGCGUUAAAAAUCUGGAGGUCAGCUUUGUGAGGAUCCUGCCGUCGACGUCAGUGCUCCAACACCGCAUCGCAGAAAUCAACCAACAAAAAGAAGAACUGAAGAUAGAGCUGCAGCUGGAGAUCGCCUUGCUGCAGGGAGAGCUGCAGACGGAGAAGGCCCAGCUGCAGAGGCACGGUCAGAAGCUGCAGGUUCUGCAGCAGCAGGCCAGACGAAGAGAGAAGCACAAACACGCAGACAGAAUUAAGGAGCAAGAGAGUCUGGAGGAGGAGAGACGCAGGGUGGAGGAGCUGAAGAGGAGGUGUGAGGAGAAGGAGAAGCUGAUCCCCAGUCAGCCAGAAAGUCAACGAGAGCAGCUCAGAACUCAGCUGCAGCAGGAAAGGGAGGCGAUGGAAGCUGCUAUUCGGGCGUUCGAGGACUGGGAAUUCCGUGUUCUAGAACGGGAGAGCGGCAUCGACGAGGAAGACGAGGGCACGGGUGAAAAACUGAGAGAGGGGGAGAGUGACGGAGAGAUGGAGAAGGAAGUGUCUCGUCAGCAGCACGCGGUCAACACGGCUCAGGAACGAGUUCAGCAGCUGGAGAGGCAGCUGAGGGAGAUGGAGAAGGAGAAGGAAAGAGAGCUGAACUCCUUGAGGAAAGAGAAAAGGGAGCUCCUCCACACCAGUCAAACUGCUCGAGAGGUUCUCAAGGAGAAGAAGCCUCUCGCGGAUUGGUCAAACAUCACCGGCUCAGCUCCGUGCAUGAUGUCACUUUCACCUUUGACUGUUCACAAGCCUCCACAGGAACCAAACAAAGAUGCUUCCAGUUUGCCCAGAAGAAGAAGCUUGCAUCGAAACAACCGUCCCAGUGACAGGCCCAUGUCGAUGCAGGGGUUGGUGAGGUCGCUUCCAGACAGCCAGCCUCCAGACAUCUACGUUUCCCCCGUCCCAUCCCAUAGACUCAGCAACAAGCACAGCAACGGGCUCAGUCCCGGGACCGGUAACGGCGCCGCGCUCCGCACGCCGUGCAACAGCACAACCAGCUCUCGUGCACCCAGCCCGUGUCUUCUGGAUCUGGUUGAGAUUGAGAAGAAACUGAGGGAAGCCAAAGCAGAGAGAGAGAGGCUGCUUAGAGAGCGGGAGGAGCGGCGGCGGAUGGUGCUGCUGGAGGAAAGAAUCCAAAGAGAUCUUAACUCCACCAGAGAAGAUCCACCAGAACCAGAGACCCAAUCAAAGCCAGAACCAGAAGCUAUUGAAGCGCCGAAGGUAGUUUCACCCCCAAACUCCUCUGAGCAGCGCAGCCUGGCUCUCUUCCUCUCCCCGAACUUUGACCUCCGGGCCCACGUGGAGUCUCUGGGUCACGGAGUGGCCAGCUGCACGGACCUGCGGCUCACGCCUCGACGCUGCGCGGGCUUCCUGACCAAACGAGGGGGGAGGGUGAAGACGUGGAAGAAGAGGUGGUUCCUGUUUGACACCGACCACAGGCGGCUGGCCUACUAUACAGACUGUGAUGAGAGGAAGCUAAAAGGAGUCAUUUACUUCCAGGCAAUAGAAGAAGUUUAUUAUGACCAUCUACGCACCGCCACCUCUUCCCCUCGGCCGAGCCUUACGUUCUGCGUGAAGACGUACGACCGUCUCUUCUUCCUGGUGGCUUCCAACCCCGUGUCCAUGCGGAUCUGGAUGGAUGUCAUUGUCACGGCAACAGACGAGCACAGUCGUUACUGACCUGCAUAUGUGACUCUGAAACGCAGAGAAUAAACUACUGAGCACACAACUGUGGGUGAUAGUUCACUCCUCUGUCUGGAAGGCUCUUUUAGCUGAAGAUCUGACCUGGACUCAUCAAACUGAAGGUGCAAGGUCUGGGGCACAGACGUGCCUGAUGCUGUUACUGAUGGAAGGAAGGCAGAAGCUUUAAAAGAAACGUUGCUACAGUUCCUCAGCAGCCUGCAUGAUACAUGAGAAUCUGUUACAAGUGAGUUCUACUCUGAGCUGGAGCUCCCCCUGCUGGACAGAGACCAGCUUCACAGGACUACUGUGCACUAACCACUGGUGGAAUCUGGACCCUCACUUCUCUUUCCUGUGUCCACUUCCUGCCUCCCGAGUUUUCACAUAGCCUAGAAUGUUUGUACAACUUUCCAGAUUAUUUAUUUUUUUGAAAAUUUAUAUGACUUUGACUUUCAAAUGAAUGAAUAUAUACUCUAUCAUGGUGCAAAUAAAUGUUUAUUCAUAAAACAAAAA